CCGGCCUCCGGGCGGCCUGUCAGUGUGGCGGCCGGCCCCGAGGUGCUGGUCCCUGCAGCCGGCUCUGCGGCACACCCCCGGCGGUCGGCGUCUCCAGUUAGCGUGCGGAUAUGGCCCAGGCGGCGGCGCAUUGCCCCGGCGCACGAGGCGCCGGGGACGCCGAGACGGGCAAGCCCAGGAAGGUGGCGCUCAUCACGGGCAUCACGGGCCAGGACGGCUCCUACCUGGCUGAGUUCCUGCUGGAGAAGGGCUACGAGGUCCAUGGAAUUGUACGGCGAUCCAGUUCGUUCAAUACUGGCCGAAUCGAGCAUCUGUAUAAGAACCCCCAGGCUCACACUGAAGGAAACAUGAAGCUGCACUACGGCGACCUCACCGACAGCACCUGCCUCGUGAAGAUCAUCAACGAGGUGAAGCCCACCGAGAUCUACAACCUCGGAGCCCAGAGCCACGUCAAGAUCUCGUUUGACCUGGCGGAGUACACGGCUGACGUGGAUGGCGUGGGCACCUUGCGGCUCCUGGACGCGGUGAAGACCUGUGGCCUUAUCAACUCGGUGCGGUUCUACCAAGCCUCGACGAGCGAGCUCUACGGGAAGGUGCAGGAGAUACCCCAGAAGGAGACCACGCCUUUCUACCCGCGCUCUCCUUACGGGGCAGCAAAGCUCUACGCCUACUGGAUUGUGGUGAAUUUCCGGGAGGCGUACAACCUGUUUGCAGUGAAUGGCAUCCUCUUCAACCACGAGAGCCCCCGGAGAGGAGCUAAUUUUGUUACUCGGAAAAUUAGCCGUUCAGUAGCUAAGAUUCACCUUGGACAACUGGAAUGUUUCAGUUUGGGAAAUCUGGAUGCCAAACGAGAUUGGGGCCAUGCCAAGGACUAUGUGGAGGCCAUGUGGCUCAUGCUGCAGAAGGACGAGCCAGAGGACUUCGUCAUCGCCACGGGGGAGGUCCACAGCGUGCGGGAGUUCGUGGAGAAGUCGUUUCUGCACAUCGGGAAGACCAUCGUGUGGGAAGGAAAGAAUGAAAACGAAGUGGGCAGAUGUAAGGAGACCGGCAAAAUUCACGUGACUGUGGAUCUCAAGUACUACCGGCCCACUGAAGUGGACUUUCUGCAGGGAGACUGCUCCAAAGCCAGGCAGAAGCUCAGCUGGAAGCCCCGGGUCACUUUUGAUGAGCUGGUUCGCGAGAUGGUGGAGGCCGACGUGGAGCUCAUGAGGACCAACCCCAACGCCUGAGCGCCCGGCGGGGCCCAGGCCAGCCGAGGUUUGCGGCAGCCGGGAAAGGCCCAGCCGAUUCCUUUUCCUCUGAUCGGUUUUGGAAUCACGAUGUUUUAAUCACAUAUUUGCUUCACUUGAAAUUAUAUCCCAGACAACUGAGAUUGUGGGGCUUUCAAAUGGUUUUUCUCUUUUGUUAUUAAAAAGAGCCUUCCUCUUAA